UCGCCUAGAGGCCUAGCCAAAAUAAUUUCGCCACUCUGGCGACGAUUUCGUUCGACUCCGACAACUCCGAAAUUUCAUUCGUAAUGGCCGCCCAUAAGUAAAAACGUGUCCCGCUGCUGAAGAACAAAAUCGAACGUUUGCGUUAGCCUAACUGCUUAAAUUUAGCUGUAAACGGUGUGGCAGUGGUAAAUACGCUGAAAAUCAGAUCGUUUGAUCAUAUUAUUGGCAUAAAUGCCUCGCAAAUAAAGUGAAAAAUGUGCAUGAAAAAAUCUAAAUCGAUUUUUUUGUUUGUGAAAAAAAAAAUCAUGCAGCGUUGCAUCUAGUGUGCGAGGAGCUCGCUAGGAGGCGCUAAUAUUUUUUAUCAGCCAACCGAUAACACGAAAGCCAAGGCGAAAUAAUAAUAAAUAAUAACAAGAAGAGGAAGAAAACAAAAACAAGAACACAAUUCCGAUUUAGCCUAAAACGAUGAUGAACUGAAAUGUGCAAAUUUGAUGAACGUAAUUAUGCCAAUUCACACAGAACCUUCGAUUUCAACGUGAAAAAUGUCGUCGACACAUCUGCUGCAUUUACUGUCACUGUUGUUGCUACCACUGCGUUGUCGUCGUAAUUGCCACCAGUUCAUUCCCUUGGCCAUUAUCCUGCUGUCGGCGCAGUCAGCUAGAGUUCGCGAGGAUCAAAGACGACAGCCGAGGGAGGAGGACCGGGAGGAGGAUAAGGAGAAGAAGAAGGACGAGGAGAAGGUGGUGGACGGUGUCCAGGGGGAGGAGGACACGCCCUAUAUAGUCGCCAAUCCACAUCCAAACCUUACCAGCAGUGGCACUACGUCUUCGGCCAGGGCAACGGGCACAGGGGCUGCGUUAACCAGCUGGCAGAGCAGCCACAGCCACCGCAGCCCCGGUGCUCAGGAUCGGGAUCGGUGUCAGGUUCAGAAGCAGGAGCACCUGUUGAGCCCCAAGAAGGUCCAACUCCAGGUCCAGCUAACGAAAACAGCCCCCUCAUCAGCGAGUAGAGGAACCAACACAACGCCGGUCACGCAUCGGAGUAGAUCCUCCAGAAUCCAAAGUAGCAGUAGCAGCACAAAAUCUGCCCACUGCAGUUGGACAGCCGGAGCAAUCGUUGCCUCCAUAGCAUCCAUAGCCACCUAA